AUGUCAAUUCAAUCCAAUCCCGAUCAUCCUAUUCAACCUUCCCUCCAAUUUCAACGACCUAAUACUUCUGGUACCAAUGGACCCGAUGGAUCAACAGGUCCACCACCAAGGUAUACAGCCGUAGUACAAAAAGUCUACCCGUACUCUCUACGUCCAGUCAUAUUCUUCACCGCUGGCUUGGGCUUUAUAUACGGUUUGGCUUUGGGUGUAGAUAGUAUAAGAGAUCUGGGAAAUGAUAAUGAGACGGCAAAAAUGAAAGUAUUCGAUAUCGUCCAAGCGAUAUUAUACUUUAUCAUAGCUGGUAUAGAAGCUUUCUGUAUAUUCAUUGCGAUAGUUCAAAAAGUAAAUUUAGCGAGAUUAUUCGCGAUUUUAGCACCAACUGGUAUUUUGGUAAAUGUUGCCAAUCAAAUCUUGUCUGUGGUCAUUCAUUUCUCCAUGAAGAACGAUUUAAUCGCCCAAUGUGUCAAAAAUGAGACUGGACAAUCUGCAUUCGACAGUCUCGGAGAUACUACCACUAUCAACACUGAUCAAGCCGAGACCAUCUGCGACAAUGCCUGGGAUAGAGGUACAUGGUCUGUGUUCGCAUGGUUGUUCUUGACCCUUGUCAUAUCGCUCCUAUUCGCUUCAAUCCUCUUAUCGUACUACCGUCAACUCCUCGACCCAUCGUCUAUCCGCUCUCGUCGAGUCGUCCAACAACAGUCCUUCCAGAUGCAACCAGGGUACUACUACCCUCCACCACCAGGUGCGCCAGGCGCUCCGGGUGGAGCACAAGCAUGGAUGGUACCUCCUUAUCCUGGGCCACCAGUGAAUGGUGCGCCCCCACCUCCGGGCGGAUACGAGAAAGGCGAUUAUCAUCCUGAAGCUCCCUGGGCCCAACCACCUGCCGGAGAGGGUCCGUCAGUCAACAGGGAAGAAGAAGAUGCAUGGAAUACAGCUGAAUCCCAGGGCGUCACUGCGCAUCUGACUGGACAUGCAGCUCAACCUGCCAGACGAUCUGAUGAAGAUGAAAGAGGCGGGUACAGAAUAGGUAAUGCCGAGGAGGAUGAGGCGUGGGAGAGAGCUAGGAAUGAAGGUGUUACGGCGCAUUUAACAGGAAACAAUCAGAGGAAUAGGGAAGGUACGGUGUGA